AUGGGAGGAACUAAAUCAAAACCCAUAAAUUAUAAUAAUGUUAAAUUAUCCACCGAUACUGUGGAUUUAACAAUUGCUACUCCAAAUACAGUGUUUUCAAUUAUCAAUGAUGAAGACGCUAAAAUUAAAUAUGUUAUAGACAACUAUACAACCAAUGAUUACUCUAUAGUUUAUUCUCCUGCAAAAGGUGUGUUAUCUCCUCGUUCAAGGAAAGAAGUUAAAGUACUUGUUACUUUUAAACAAAAGGUAAAUGUUAAUUUACCAGUCACUAUUCACAUUGCUGAUAAGGCUGAAACUUUCUUUUCUCUUCGUUUGAGAGGUGAAGAUGGUGUUUUUGGUGUAGAUCCUACUAACUUAGAAUGGAUAGAAACAGGAAAAUAUAAAUUACCAAAACCUCUUGCUAUAUUAAAUAACAACUUUCAACGACUUGACGGAUUUCAUAGUGAAGGUGUUUUUCGGUUAGCUGGUCAAGCUGGAUUAAUGAAAACUAUGAAAAGCUAUAUGAACACACAUAAAGGAGAUCUUGAAGUUCAAGAAGAAUUUACAAUUAACGAAGUAGCAAAUUUAAUUAAGUUAUGGUUUAGGGAAUUACCAACAUUACUCCUUAAUGGACUUACAUCUACACAAAUCCAAAUGAGUGGUGUUGAUGAUUGUUGGAAACAAUAUUGUACUUUGUCUCAACAAUCUCGAGAUUUAUUAGAUUGGCUAUUCUCAUUACUUGUUCACGUCUCUCUUUUCAAAGACCAAAAUAAAAUGACUUUACAAAAUUUAGCAAUUGUUGUUGCUCCUAAUUUGUAUGAAUCUACUUCUUCAGAUCCAAUGGAAGGUCUGAUGAUGUCUCAAAAAGCAGUACAAUUUGUUCAAAAUAUUUUAACUCAUUUUGCAGAAACUCCUUCUAAUAACUGA